AUGGUGUCAAGGGCAUUGUCCAUGGGCCUCCGCGCCUGGCAGUUGAUCUGCGCCGUCAUUGUCACCGCAUUGAUGGGUAACAACAUUGCGCGUGCCACGGCCGGAACCCACUCAAUCAUCAACUACUCGCUCUUCGUCGGCGUCUGGUGGCUGCUCACCCUCCUCUACUUCCUGCCCACGUCCUUCAUCGAAAGGUUCAGUAUUCCCGUUGUCGACAUUGCUCUCGAUGCCCUCAGUGUCAUCUUUGGCUUCUGCGCUGCCGUCGCACUUCCCUCGUACAUUGGUGCCCACAGCUGCUCCAACUCGGCAUACACACACUCCAACAGCGUCCUCAACAGCUCGCCAAACACUGAGCAAAACUGCCGUCAAGCCCAGGCCACCACCGCCUUCCUCUGGUUCGGAUGGGCCGCCUUUGUCGCCACCCUCGCCUUCAACCUCAUGAAUGGCCGUGGCAGCGGUGCCAACCUCCGUAGCACCCGCCGUGGUCCCGCCAUGAGCCAGGUCUAG